GAAGAGGGGUGUAUAUUCUUCCCUAGAAGCAAAGAAGGUCAACCAGCAGACCUCAGUGCAUCUCUUAUGGCAUUCCAGUACAUGGAUCAGGUCGUUGAUUUCUGCCACAAUGAUACAAAUGACCCAACCAACUUGCACAACAAGGAGGCACCGAAUGAACACAACAGACUUUGUGACCAAAGAAGUGUAUGGGAAGUCAUGAAUGGCAUCCAGUGAUUUCAAACAAGGAAACAACGGUCCAGAUUCAUCGCGUAAAAAUAUACUUCCAAAAAUCAAUGUUCGGCAACAACCACCGAAUAGAUAUGUUUUGGUGUUGGAUACUUCUGGAAGCAUGUCUGGGUCCAGAUAUGAAAACAUGAUGCAAGCUGCAACUGACUUCAUCAUGACAUAUGUCCCUUUGUCAGCAGAGGUGGGGAUUGUGGAAUUUGAAUCCGAGGCUUCCACACUGUCGUGGUUAGUAAUGAUAAAUGGUAUUGCUGAAAGGAAUUAUUUGAAAGACCGUUUGCCCAAGCCACCAUCUGGAGGAACUUGCAUAGGCUGUGGUAUUGAACAAGGAAUAAAGGUGCUUGGUAAUAGGGCAGGUCAUCUUAUUGUGUUAACAGAUGGUGAAGAAACGACAGAACCGUAUGUUAACAGUGUGAAAGAUGAAGUGUUGGCAAAGCAGAAUGUUGUUGUGGAUUCUAUAUUCUUUGGGCCUUCUGGCAACCUUGAUCUACAGCAACUUACAGAAGACACCGAGGGCAUCAUGUAUUAUAAUGAUGUAUCUGAUAUAACUGGGUUGAAAGAAACUUUUAAACAACUUGCAGAAUCUUCGGAUGGGAAUUUGUAUACAAACACAUACCAGGUUUAUGGCAGAACACACACUUUAUCCCUACAUGAUACCGAAUCUGGAUCCUUUACUAUUGAUUCUACCAUUGGCAAGAACAGUGUGUUCUCAUUUUCAUGGUCAGGCGUUGAUCCAGCUCCCACCUUUGAUGUUAGAAGUCCAGAUAAUUCAUUAUAUUGCUCCAAUACUAAAGCUGGUUGUUACAUUUCUUCUGUUGUUUCCGUGGAUGCUGAAUUACGAACUGCUUCUUUUGUAUUUAAAACCGCACUGACUGGCAAAUGGUUAUACACCAUUCAUACAACCUCUGCCUCACAAACAGUGAGCGUUAUGGUAACUUCAAUGGCAUCAAGUGAAGAUACAGAACCAAUAAUAGCUGAGUCAGGAAUUUCAAGCACUGAUAUUUCUGCUGGUGGACAAGCUCUUGUUGUUUAUGCUAAGGUAAUGCAAGGAUAUGAACCCAUAAUAGGAGCCAUUGUAGAUGCUACAAUCACUUCAACUAGAGGCACAAUCACCACUUUACGAUUGGCAGAUACUGGAUCUGCACCUGACGUUCGUGCGUUUGACGGAAUUUAUUCAAAAUAUUUCACAAAGUUCACUGACAGUGGAAGAUACUCUGUGCAGAUCACAGUAUCUGGUAGAGACGGGACAAUUAUAAGUAGAAAGGGAAAACAUUCGGCUUCUGCUUACAACCCAGGAUAUGUAGAACAAGAUGGCACAGUGGUACCGAAUCCGAACGGACUUACCGAUCCAAACCUACAUAAAUCUGAAGGAACAAAUGUGAACGAGAUUGAAGCAUUUUCACGAGUUGUAUCGCCAGGAGGUUUCUCAUACAACCCUCCAUCUGGUUCAAAUUUUGAUAGUUUCCCACCAAGUAAAGUUAUUGAUCUGAAAGCAACGCAACUUGAUGCUUUGCAACCAAAUAAAGGAAUCGUUUUGACUUUCACAGCUCCUGGUGAUGAUUAUGACUCUGGUACAGCAAGCAAAUACGAAAUCCGAUAUCUUUAUGAAAGUGCGAGUGAUCUGGUAACAUCUUUUCAAUCUGGAUAUGAAGUCAAAACUAUUGAUGUAAUUGAGGGAGAUUUAACAAAUCCUGAUGUUGCUGACUCUAUUGAACGUUUUGUCAUCAAACUUAAUGAUCUCCCUGAUAAAGAUCUGGUGACAGUUGGGUUUGCAAUGCGAGCAACCGACACAUCUGGCAACACUGCUGAUGUUUCUAACGUAGCAAUGAUGAAUCUCUUUCUUGCCCCCCCACCACAAUCUUGUGUUGACAAAUACGGAAAACCAAUCAGUGGGGAACCAUUUGAGAAACCUGGAGACUGUCUACACUUUUACCAGUGCUCCAACGGCGAGCUGUCAAUCCUCUCCUGCCAAGAUGGUACGGUGUUCAACCCCACUAUAUCUGUGUGCGAUUACCCAUAUAAUGUCCCACAAUGUGGUGGAUCAGUUGUACCUCCAUUUACAGAACCUCCUACCCUUGCAACAACUAAUGAAGGAAGUGGUUUCCCACCUGCUGAAGCUACAACAAUACCCGCAACAACAACUAAUGAAGGAAGUGGUGACCCACCAACCCCCACACCUGUAACUUGCAUAGAUGGAAAUGGUAAACCUAUCACUGGACCACCUUUUGCUAAUUCAGCAGAUUGUUCACAUUAUUAUCAAUGCAGCAAUGGCUACUUAUACUCCAUGGCAUGUCCUGCUGGUCUGGUAUUCAACCCAAUUCAUGAAUAUUGUGACUGGCCUGUCAAUGUUCCAGGCUGUUAAUCAAUUAAUUCAAAUCAAUUCGUAAGAUAAUUCCAUUAUUUUUAAUCAGAUUUCUUUAACUUUAAUUAAUGUAUUUUUAAUGUUUAUACAGAUGGUCUUUGCUAAUUUUAUGUUUCUUGUGUUUAAUUUAUAUUUAGGAUGUCUGUUUGAAUAAUAAAAUAUCAUGAAACUUAUUCAAUUAACUCUGAGAUUAAAGUCAGUCAUUUUUAUUUUUUAUUAAUAAAUCAUUUAAGCUAUUUAAUCGUUAAACACUAAUUGCCUUUAAAUUAGUUUUUUUUGCAUUUAACAUAAACUUGCAAAGACUUGCUCCGCCCUAAUUCCUAAUUCAAAUAAAAUAAUAAAUAUUUUUGUGAAU